GGUCUGAUGAUUCCGGGUAUAAAUGGCAUGCUGACAGGAUGGAUACCGUCGCAUGAGAAGAGCACCGCUGCAUCAUUGUUCACAUCGGGCAACCAACUAGCUGGAGUUAUCGGCAAUCCUGUGGCUGCCGAACUUUGCGCUAGCAGACUGCAAUGGCCAGCUGUCUUCUACAGUUCAGGUGAAAACUUCGAUAAAACCCACUUUUCCAAUUUGCAAGCAAAAUUUACAGGUGUUCUGGGUUUUCUUUGGUGUAUUGUAUGGCAGCUCACCGUAAACAAUUCUCCGGCCAAUACCAAAUGGAUCAGUGAUCAUGAAUUGAUAUAUUUGGAACAUCACCUCCCGGAGAAAACAGCAAAGCGCAUGAAGAAGGUUUGGCUGGUGCCGCUCAAUCUUUUUAUUAUAAAAAAAGUUCUCCCAUGGCGGUCAAUGUUAACGUCUGCUCCGCUGCUUGUCGUAUUCUAUUCAAGUAUAGUUGGCAAUAUGAUGAUAGCCAUGAUCCUCGUCUAUAUCCCAGUUUAUUUCAAAGAUGUUCUCAUGCUGGAAGUCAAACAACGAGGAUCUUUACCACAUGCGAGUUAUAUAAUGUUUUGUUCGAUUUUAAAUCAUUUACUUCCAGAAUGGUUUCUAUACCGCUCUACCACAUACCUUCAACCUCAUUUCAAAAUUGAUCUGGGGGUUUUUGAUGGACCAUCUCAAGCAAAAGAAGAUACUCACAGCAACCCAGACCGUAAAGCUCUCACAACCAUGCUCACCCUCUCAGUCUGCUUUCUCCUCCUAGCCUAUGGAGUUGACUGCUCUACGCAUGUUCUGGCAUUGGUUCUGCUAUCCACUAUCGGAGCAGCAUUCGGACUCUCCAUCAGCGGCUUCUUGACGAGCCUUUUGUCACUUUCUCCGAACUUUAUAGGAGUAAUCAGCAGCAUUUCGCAGAUAAUAGGUGGGUAA